AUGGCUGGCGAGCUCGAGCACCAGUCCAAAGCCGAAGCCGAACCCGGGACUGUCACAGAUGACGGUGAUGGCUGCGGAUUCGAACCUACCGAGGAGCUGAAAGAAGGGGUCGGGGGCCUGAACUUCGAGCAAUACACUGCCGGCGGCCUGGGACGUCACCUCGGCGUCUUCAGCACCACGUCCUUGAUCAUUGGACGCAUCAUCGGCACCGGCAUCUUCACUACCCCAUCGUCAAUCGUACAUGGGGUGGGUAGUGUGGGAGCUUCCCUGCUGCUCUGGGUAUUGGGCCUCCUGCUUGCCUUGGCCGGGCUGUGCGUCUGGCUGGAGUUUGCUUGCAUGAUUCCGAGGAGCGGCGGAGAGAAGGUCUAUCUCGAGGCUGCCUAUCGCCGCCCAAGGAUGUUGAUAACCACCGUCUUUGCCGUCCAGGCGAUUGCGCUGGGGUUCACGGCUUCUGGAUGCAUAGUAUUCGCCUCCAACAUUGUCGUCGCCGCCGGGCACCGCGCCACCGAAUGGCAAGAGCGCGGCAUCGCCAUCGCAGUCAUCGUCUCCAUCACCCUCGUCCAUGCCUUUUUUCCACGGGUCGGCGUUCACGGCAUGAACUUGUUCACCAUGCUCAAGGUCGUCUUGCUGCUCUUUAUUGUGGUCACCGGAUGGGUGGUCCUGGGAGGUGGUGUAUCUGCCAUCAAGGAUCCGCAUGCGAGCUUUCGAAACGCGUUUGCACACUCUGCAACUUCCGGAAACCCCUACGCGACGGCGCUCUUUAAAGUUUUGAACUCCUAUGGCGGGUGGUCGAACGCCAUGUACGUUCUGAACGAAAUCAAGAAUCCAGUCCGCACCAUCAAAGUCGCAGGGCCGCUCGGUCUCGCCACCUGCGGCGUUCUGUAUCUCCUUGCCAAUGUGGCAUACUUCGCGGCUGCGACACCGCAAGAGAUUGCCCAGAGCGGUACCACCGUUGCGUCCUACUUCAUGGGCAAGGUGUUUGGCACAGCGGCCAAGAGGGCGCUGAGCGUCCUCGUCGCGCUCUCGGCAUUCGGAAAUGUCUUGACAGUCACCUUUGCCCAGGCCCGGGUUAACCAGGAGCUGGCAAAAGAGGGUGUCGUUCCGUUCCCGCGUUUCUGGGCGUCCGGGUGGCCGUUUGGUUCCCCGUCCGCAGGUCUCAUUCUGCACUUCAUUCCCUCCUUCAUCGUCAUCGUCGCCAUCCCGUUUGGCAAUGCGUACAACUUUAUUGUCGACCUCGAGGGCUACCCAGGCGCUGUCAUCAACUUCCUCGUCGUGGCGGGCCUCUUCUAUCUACGCUACAAGAAUCCAGCUGCCUCGAGGCCCUUCAGGGUCUGGUGGCCGGUUGCUGCGUUUUACAUGGUUGGUCAGGCGUUUCAACUGGUGGCGCCCUUCCUGCGCCCGCCUGGCGGACUGGGCGAUACGCCGCCUCUCCCGUACUGGCUGUACUGCGUCGUCGGCAUUGGCGUGCUGGCUGCCUCGGUUGCGUCUUGGUUUAUCUGGUGGGUUGCGGCGCCCAAGCUGGGAGGCUAUACGCUCGAGCCGCACAAUGAGCCGUUGCGAGAUGGAACAAAUGUGGUUGUGUAUCGUCGCGUACCAAACAAGUACCGAGACACCUAG